AUGUCCUUUGAGCCAGCCUCAGUCACCGCCCCUCUGUUCUACUUUGAGUCACCCAAAGAUGGCUCUAAGCCCUUCCAAUACACGUGCCAGUUCAUCAAGGAGAACCCCGUCGAGGGCGUACGCGGACAGAACUUUGGGCGCGUAGCCAAGUUCGUGGAGAUCGGGAAUUUGCGCGGCCGCGAAGACUCUAUGAGGCUAGACAAGAACGGCUUUCAGUUCUUCCACCACCCCGCUAAGCAUAUGGCGUUCGAUAACGAUCAGGAGAUACGAGACGAGUACUAUCCGGAGAGCGCUCAGCUCAUCAAGGAGACCACAGGUGCCCACCGAGUAGUCAUCUUCGAUCAUACCGUCCGGCGCCAUUUCGCCACAGAGACUGAAGAUACCCCAAGCACGCGCCAGCCUGUAUCCAGUGUGCAUGUUGAUCAGACGCCGGCUUCCGCUGAGGCGCGUGUCCAUCGUCACCUGCCGGCCCAAGACGCCCACAGUCUGCUUGCGAAGCGAUUCCAGAUAUUGAACGUGUGGAGGCCCAUUCACCACGCUGCGUACGACUUUCCGCUGGCGUUGUGCGACCAUUCUACUGUGAACCCGUACAAGGACCUUGUGGCGAUUGCGCUCAAGCCCAACGGCGAGACAUUUGGCGUGCAGUACAAUUGCGCGCAUCGCUGGAAGUUUGUACGCGGGCUCACGCCUGAGGAGUGUGUCGUGUUCAAAUGCUUUGAUUCAGUGCAGGACGGUAGCGUCGCAGUAUUCACACCGCAUACCGCGUUUGUCGACCCGACGACCCCUGCAGAUGCGGCACGCCGCGAGUCGAUUGAGCUGCGCGCCCUUGUCUUCUACGACUGA